ACGCACACCCCCUCCCCUGCCUCCCUCCCCGCGCGCCGCCCGCCCCGCCGGCCCCGCUCGCCCUCGCGCGCUCGGAAGGGAGUCGCGAGACGUCGGAGCGGCGGCCACGUAGCGCUGCGGCGGCGGCGGCGGCGGCGGCGGCGGCGGCCGAGGCCGGGUCUGUGGAGCGGCCCUGAGGACAGACGUUGGGCGGGGGGGAGGGGCCGGCCCGGCCGGCGGUUGUUACUCGAGCGCCGCGGCUACAGGCCCCCCGCCGCAGGGAUGGACCGCCGAGGCGGCGGUCGGGGCGGCGGAGGCGGAGGCGGCCGGCCAGGAUAAGAUGGUCCAAGUCAUCUGCAGCUCUCCUCAAAAGAAAAGUCACUAGUGCUCUGCUCUUGCCGUCAUACCAAACCUUCUGACUUAUGCUUUGGUGCUGCCACACUGGAAGAAUUGCAUACAGCCUCCAGAAACACCUUUUUUUUUUUUUUUUUUUUUUUUUUUUUUUUUUUUUUUCAUUUGAGUGAUUCUUUGUGGAUGGAAAAAAAUUGGAGUCUUAAUAAUUACCCUGUUUUGAAGCGAUUUCUCUACAGUCUGAACUGCGUCCUCCCUCGGGCCCCUGACCCAUGAGCCACACAGCCAGCUCUCGUCAGGGGCUGGGGGACAGCUGCGCCGUGCCUGCAGCAGGAAUGGCACAGGAAGACAGCCGUCGUGCUCCAGUGCCGCCUACCUUUUAUCAUGGUGCCAACCAAGAACUUGACCUGUCCACCAAAGUGUACAAAAGGGAGUCAGGAAGUCCUUACUCGGUGUUAGUGGACACCAAGAUGAGCACGCCGCAUCUCCACGAAGCGGAGGAACAGCCGUAUUUCAGGGAACCAAGGGCAGUGUCUGACGUGCGCGCUGUCAAAGAAGACCGGGAGAAUUCUGAUGACACGGAAGAGGAGGAGGAGGAGGAGGAGGAAGUCUCUUACAAAAGGGAGCAGAUCAUAGUGGAGGUAAACCUUAAUAAUCAAACAUUAAAUGUAUCUAAAGGGGAAAAGGGUGUCUCUUCUCAGUCCAAAGAGACUCCUGUUCUUAAGACAAGCAGUGAGGAGGAGGAGGAGGAGAGUGAGGAAGAGGCCACCGAUGACAGCAAUGACUACGGUGAGAACGGAAGGCAGAAGAAGAAGGAGAAGACGGCGGAGAAGGCCAGCGUCACCCAAAGGAGAACCAGGAGAGCCGGCUCCGUGGCUGCGGCGACCACGUCCCCGACUCCCAGGACUACGAGAGGGAGGAGGAAGAGUGCAGAGCCGCCCAAGCGUAAGAAGCGGGCCGCCAAGGAGCCCAGAGCGCCCGUCCAGAAAGCUAAGUGCGAAGAGAAAGAGACUCUGACCUGUGAGAAGUGCCCCAGGGUGUUUAAUACACGCUGGUACCUGGAGAAGCACAUGAACGUUACUCACAGGCGCAUGCAGAUUUGUGAUAAGUGUGGCAAGAAGUUUGUCCUGGAAAGUGAGCUGUCCCUUCACCAGCAAACAGACUGUGAAAAAAAUAUUCAGUGUGUUUCCUGUAACAAAUCAUUCAAGAAACUCUGGUCCCUUCAUGAGCACAUCAAGAUUGUCCAUGGAUAUGCAGAAAAGAAGUUUUCCUGUGAAAUUUGUGAGAAGAAAUUCUAUACCAUGGCUCAUGUGCGGAAACACAUGGUUGCACACACGAAAGACAUGCCAUUUACAUGCGAAACCUGUGGAAAAUCGUUCAAACGCAGCAUGUCUCUCAAGGUGCACUCCUUGCAGCAUUCUGGAGAGAAGCCCUUCAGAUGCGAGAACUGUGACGAGAGGUUCCAGUACAAGUACCAGCUGCGCUCCCACAUGAGCAUCCACAUCGGCCACAAGCAGUUCAUGUGCCAGUGGUGCGGCAAGGACUUCAACAUGAAGCAGUACUUCGACGAGCACAUGAAGACACACACUGGAGAGAAACCCUUUAUCUGUGAAAUCUGUGGCAAAAGCUUCACCAGCCGCCCCAACAUGAAGAGGCACCGCCGAACUCACACAGGCGAGAAGCCCUAUCCGUGCGACGUGUGUGGCCAGCGGUUCCGCUUCUCCAACAUGCUCAAGGCCCACAAGGAGAAGUGCUUUCGGGUGACCAGCCCCGUGAACGUGCCGCCUGCUGUCCAGAUCCCACUUACGACGUCCCCGGCCACCCCAGUUCCGUCUGUGGUGAACACCCCCGCCACCCCCACCCCUCCGAUCAGUAUGACUCCCGUGAGCACUCUCCCCCCGCGGCCCAUCCCCCACCCCUUCUCGCACCUCCACAUCCACCCACACCCCCACCACCCACACCACCUCCCCAUCCCUCCGGUCCCCCACCUCCCCCCGCCUCCAGCUCUCUUUAAGAGCGAGCCCUUAAAUCACAGAGGCCAGGGUGAGGACAACUUCCUGCGGCACCUGGCGGAGAAGAACAGCUCCGCGCAGCAUCACUAA